UCCUUAAAGCCAAGGUGUGCCAGAGGUGAUGCACUGAUGCUGAGGAGGCAUCAACAGCUAUGGGACUGUAAUCCCCUCACAUGUAAGCACUUGCAGUGUCUGCAAAGAGASAUCGUGAGACGCUGAAGCAGAGUUUAACUGCUGUUCAGCUGGUCACCUGCCUGCUAAGGCUCAGAUUGCACAUUUCCCUAAGCACAAAACAUGAACCAGUCCCGAUGGAUUGAAUGGAGGACUCUGAAUACGAGCAAUAGUGUUAUGAACCUAACUGAGCGCCUCUCCUGCCCUCUUGGAUUUGGUCACUACAGUACAGUUGACAUCUGUAUCCUUGAGACAGUCAUUAUUGUCUUGCUAACAUUUUUAAUUAUUGCGGGUAACUUAACUGUGAUACUUGUUUUUCAUUGUGCUCCACUCCUGCACCAUUAUACCACCAGCUAUUUUAUUCAGACCACGGCCUAUGCUGAUCUUUUUGUUGGAGUCAGCUGCUUGGUUCCUACUUUGUCACUGCUCCACUACUCGACAGGUGUCCACGAGUCCUUCACAUGCAAAGUUUUUGGAUACAUCAUCUCUGUGCUCAAAAGCGURUCUAUGGCAUGCCUUGCUUGCAUCAGUGUGGAUCGCUAUCUCGCUAUAACAAAGCCUCUCUCGUAUAAUCAACUGGUCACACCUUGUCGCUUGAGAAUCUGCAUCAGUUUGAUCUGGAUAUACUCUUGCCUGAUCUUUUUGCCUUCCUUCUUUGGCUGGGGAAAACCUGGUUACCAUGGAGAUAUUUUUGAAUGGUGUGCUACCUCCUGGUUAACUAAUGCCUAUUUUACUGGCUUUAUCGUGUGCUUACUCUAUGCUCCUGCUGCCUUUGUCAUCUGUUUCACCUAUUUCCACAUCUUUAAAAUCUGCCGGCAGCACACCAAAGAGAUAAGUGAUCGGAGAGCUCGAUUUCCUAGCCAUGAAGGGGAUGCUGCUGGGGAGACUGGGCACAGCCCYGAUCGCCGCUAUGCCAUGGUUUUGUUCCGGAUAACCAGUGUGUUCUACAUGCUGUGGCUCCCUUAUAUAAUAUACUUUCUGCUGGAAAGCUCUAGGGUGUUGGAAAACCCAGCACUCUCCUUCCUAACAACAUGGCUUGCAAUAAGCAAUAGUUUCUGCAACUGUGUGAUAUAUAGCCUCUCCAACAGUGUUUUCAGGCUGGGACUGCGGAGACUGUCAGAGACGAUAUGUUCAUCUUGUAUGUGUGCAAAAGACAGGGACAUACAGGACCCUAAACCAAGGAAACGGGCUAAUUCCUGCUCCAUUUAAAGAAAACUGGUGCAUGCAAUCAAAUGCUGAGUUUUGAUAGUAUUUGUAUCUGGAGACUUGCCAGAGAGCAGUGUUUACUUGAACAGCUUGUCAUGGUGUURGAGUGAGUUUAAAAGGGAUCCUGGAAAAGGCAAAGGCAACUGUAAAAAGGGUCACUGAACUCUUGUGAAACUGUGGGGAGAGCAGUUCAAUAGACAUGAUGAAGAAAGUCAGGAAUAAAAAUCUUCCAAAGGGCAUGAAGUAACUACCACCWUAGAGAAGGUUCCUCGUAAAACAAAUUAGUUAGUCACUAUCUUACAUUUUCCCCCUYGUAGACAAGUUGUCUUUGUGUCAGAAUAUACUGUAGCCUUCAUAAAUUUUAUUAUAUAUUUAAGAGGAAGUAAUCAACACCACACUAUGCAGCUAUCCGUAAAUCAUAUACCUGAGGACUGUAGUAGAUACURCAGGUAAUAAUCAACUCUGUCUCUGCUCACAUCUUGUACAAUUUUCAGUUGUACAAAAAAUUGGCAUUGCAUAAACCCUACCCUGGGCAUGAUGCUUUGGGAGAAACUGGCACAUUUUGGUACAACUUGCACAGAAGCUCUCCCUCUCAUUUUCCCUUUUUUUCCAUGCUGUGCAUCCCUGUAUUCUGUUGUGUCCAGGUGGGUGAGUUUUAAGGGCACGUGUGAGGUAAACUGAGUUCCAAACCAUUCUUUCUGCAGAAAGCAAUAGCCCUCCCUGGCUGACUGAGUGACUGCAACUGCCCAUAUAUAAUAAUUUCUUCAGUUGUUCACUCUCUUGAUCCAGUUAAAUCAGCAAAUGGUAUUGAUGUAGUGUCCUUUAGGACMCUUUUCCUUACUGGUUCCACAGAUGCUCCUAAUGCAGGUAUGAUAAUGGCACACAUCAAUGUGCAGCACCACUUMGAAAAUUAAAACUAACCACAUCACCUUUUCUUUGGGAAUUCUAAAGAGCUUACUAUUGUAGCUGUCAGUCUGUUGUGUGAACCUCACUUGCACAUACUGUAUUUUUUUUUAAGUAAAAAUGUAAA